CACCAUCAUAGGACCCACGAAAUGUCUCCUCCCAAGAUGUGAUUUUCGUCUUUCUCCACUACUACUACAUCCCAUUCUUCCACCACCUGAAUUACCCCUUUUCCCUUCCCAUUUCUUGCCAAAAAUACACAAAACACACUUGGAUCCUCUCCACAGUAAUCAUGUCCAGCGAUAGACGAAAAGAUUCCGCGGAAGGGUCCUCACGAUCCAGCGGCGCCACCGGCGAUAACCAUCAGCUCCAGCAGCAACCAGCUCCUUUGAGCCGAUAUGAGUCUCAGAAAAGGAGAGACUGGAACACUUUUGGGCAGUACUUGAGGAAUCAAACGCCCCCGGUUUCUCUCUCUCAGUGCAACUUCAACCAUGUGCUGGACUUCCUUAGGUACCUCGACCAGUUUGGAAAGACUAAGGUUCAUUUAAAUAGCUGCGUCUUCUUCGGCCAACCUGACCCGCCUGCUCCCUGCACAUGUCCUCUCAAGCAGGCUUGGGGUAGCCUCGAUGCUCUAAUCGGAAGGCUCAGAGCUGCCUAUGAGGAGCAUGGCGGCUCACCGGAGAUGAACCCGUUCGGAAACGGAGCUAUUCGGGUGUAUUUGCGUGAAAUUAAGGAGUGUCAAGCUAAAGCAAGAGGCAUUCCGUAUAAGAAGAAAAAGAAGAAGAGGAUUCAAAUUAAGGCCAACGACGAGGCAAAGGCCUUUGAAGCAAGCAGCUUAAUUCCCCUGGCCUCUUCGGAUUAAUGGGGUCAGACGUGAAGAGGUCGAAGAUCAUGAUCAUAUAUGCAUGCACGGGAAGGUUUACAAAUAUUAAUAUUGAAGAGUCUAUAUAUAUAUAUAUAUAUAUAUAUAGCUAGCUCGUCUGCGCUUCAAGACAUGGUUCUCCUGUUUAAAAAAGUACUGUUAUGCAGUCACAGUCAAUUCUGACUAAUCUUGUUAUAAUUAAGUGUAAGCUAGUCUCAAAGGGCAAACCCUAUUUAAUUAACUACAAAUGCACGUACCAGCUUGUUAUAAUUA